AUGGAUUUGCUACCAGCAGAGAUGUUGUUUGAAAUAUUUAAAGAUUUAUCUGCAGAGGAUCUUAUUAAUUUAUCUUGUGUUUGCAAAUCAUUUAACGCCUUCAUCAAUAAUGAAUUGAAUUUGGUGAGAAAACUUCAAAUGUGCUUCCGAAAAUUAAAUUAUAAGGACGAAUCAACAUUGGGAGAUAGGCAAUAUACAAAGCUUUGUAUAGGAUUCUUUUCAACAUCUUAUCACCGAAAAUUAUUUCAUAGCAUUAGCAGUCGUCUAACGACCUUGAGUUUCUCAAACAUCAAAUUAAAAUUAAACAUUCUGAAAGCAAUUUUGAAUGCAGCACCAAACGUAACUUCAAUCAAUUUCUUUAAAUUUACUUUGUUGGAUGCACCAAGAGUAUUGAAGAAACCAUUUCCGCAGUUAGAUAUUAAAAGUUUGGUUUGCACGAGAUGUGAUCCUGGAGUUUAUAGGAUUUUUAAUGAGUGCAAUAUCAAAGAACUUACAGUGAUAAAUGACGACAAAGACGACUUUUAUGACUUCAGACAUUUAACUAGCUUACUCAAAAGCCAGAAAACCUUAAAAUGCAUUUUCAUAGAGGGACUCUUCCAAACAAAUUUAUUCAUUGACGAAUCAUUAGAUAAAGUUGACUUUCAUCUUGAAAGUUUUACUAUAAUUAAUGGAAAUUUCUGCAAGACAAUUCAUUUGAAGGAUUUCAUUGAAAACCAUGCAGACAGUUUAACACGUCUAACGAUUUCUGAUGUCGAAUAUUGUGAUUUUACACCAAGUUUGAUUUGUUUAACAAAUUUAAGGAUGUUUGAUUUUUCAAAUAUCUUUCUACAUAAUCUGGAAACUCUUGAAUCUGUAGAAAUUUUGUCAAUUGGUGGACAGAAAAUGAACAUAAGCAAAGGAUGCCUCUCAAAAUUUCCAUUCACAAAAAUUCUCAAGCUUAAGUGGAUGAGAAACGAAGAAAUGUUAGACAUUAUGUCACAGAACAUGAAGGAACUGGUGGAAGUAGAAAUCACUGAAGGUAUCGUGGAUGGAUUGAAAUCUAAAACAUUAAAGACGAUCGUGCUGGAUAACGUUGAUCGCCUUCCUUUAAACUUUUUCAUUGAAAAUGAUAAAAUUGAAGACUUUACAUUCCUCAAUUGCUCCUUUGUUAACGAUGAAAUAAUAGAAAAUGUUGUUUCUCUUAAACACCUGAGCCGGUUGACCAUUAUAAGAAGUGGGAACAUUACAAACAAUGCUUUAAAAUUAAUACGAAAUAAUUGUAAACAUUUAGAAAAAAUUGUUGUAAAGGAAAAUGGGAAUCAUUUAAAUUGGAAACUUAUGGAUAUUAUGAAUUGUAAAGUUAAUAUUCAAUAA